AUGUCUCCCUCGUCGUCCUCUCGCUCUCGCCAUGUUGUCCUCGGUCUCGUGUUCUCGUUCGUCUCGUCUCUUGUCUCCGUUCAUGCCCAGGCCAUCUCCUCUACCAUGCCCGUCCCGCCACUCCAGUGGAUCAACCUCUCUAAGCUCCUCAGUGGACCUGCCGCCCCGCCUCUCAAAGACGCGACGAUCGGCUACGACGAUACGAACGGAGUCCUCAUGAUCUUCGGCGGAGAGUCGCAGCAAGGCUUCCCUACCGCACAAACCUAUAUUAUCGACCUCCACAAUCUCCUGUGGACAACUGCUACGAUGCCCUCUGGUCUGACCAAUUCACCAUCCAUUAGGACCGCUGCAAUAGGCGGCGAUGAUUCCGCUGCCAGUUAUCGCCAUGGUCAUGUCGUCAUUGACGGAGAAGGGUCAAAUGGCAAUCCCGUAUCUGAUAUCUGGGAAUUCGACUACACCAGCCAGUUCUGGGCGCAGGUCAGUGUAUCACCCGGUGGACCGUCCGCGCGAUGGGGUGCCGUUGGUGGCAUCGACACCCGCACCGUGUUCACCACCGAUCCCGUAACGACCACUCCGAACAACACGAUCUACAUGGCCGGUGGCUUCGACGGGAAGACGGCCUAUCCUCUAUCCGAGGUGUGGCAACUGGAAGUUUCCGGAACCCUCUCCUCCAACUUGCCCAAGAGCGUAACUGCGAGUUGGUCUCGCGUCGACGUCUCUACUAACAUCAACGCGCGAGUGUCCUUGGGUGGGACGGUUGUUGGUCAGAAGGUAGUUGCUGUCGGCGGCUGUUCACCUGGAACCUCUGCGGCUUCUAUCUUGGAUUCUUCUUGCGCACUACAAGAUGCGCAAAUCAUCGACACGCCCACCGGCAACGUGCUGAGCGCGGGCUCAUGCAUAGCGCCUCGCAUUGAUCCAGCUGUGGUCCCAAAUAUGUGUCAAGCAUCCCAAAGCUUCAAGACACAGGCCUUCGUACUGUUCGGAACGUUUAGCAGCUCACAAUGGGAUGACGGCGGUGGGUUGCAGCGAGGUGAAGUUGUAACUGCCUGGGCAAGAGUACUUCCUGCCGGUGAUCCAGGUUCGGACGGCACGCCAUCGUAUCCUACACCGCGUCAAGGAGCUGCCGCUCUGUCAUGGAAAGGGCCGUUGGUAGGAGGUUCCGGCAUAGCUGCUUACGACACGGUCGUCUUUGGUGGUCGCGAUGCGUCCGGGAACUAUCUUUCGGACAUCUGGAUUCUGAGAGCCUACAAUGACACGCUAACGGGCUCGAACCAGAAAUGGUCGGGUUUCGGCAGUGGAACACUGAGUACCGGUGUUAGCGCCGACGGACAAGGCGUUACCCUCCAAUACCUAACGCAAUGCGCUACAUCCAUCGGGACCCCAUCCAAGACGUCAUCUUCAGGGCCAUCCAGCACGUCAGGUUCAGGACAGCAAUCGGGGUCGGGGUCGCCGGGCCAAACAUCCCCUGCAUCAUCCUCAAACACCAUCGUGUACGACACCUCGACUAUCCACAAGGCUAGUGCGGCUGUCUCUGUCGCGCUGCUCUUCCCUGCCUUUGUUCUCUACCGCUCGUCCUCCCCUACUGUUGAGGCAUCGUUCAAGGCAGAACGUAACGUGGUGCUCCAGCUCUUCGCAGUUAUCAUGUUCAUCGCAGCGUACGGUCUCGGCAUAGCUGGGUUGGCAACUGCAUUCACCUCCAUCACAUCCACCAACACAACCGUGCUCAAACGCUCCCUAUCCUCCGUCGAUCUACAGACCUCACAUUCCAAAGCUGGCCUAGCUCUGUUCGCUGGCAUGUAUGUCCUGGUGCCACUUCUGUACGUUGUUGCACUGGUUAUUAGACGCCGCGAUGGCCCGAACGACGCGGAACUACUAGCAGAUCGACAGCGGGCGGAUUCAACACUGGAGAAGUUCAGUAUGAACGGCCGCGCGGCAAGUCCAUCGCAGCGCUCGGAGCCGCUGUCGCACGACACACGUAAUGGCGAGACGCGGAAGCGAGUUCGGUCGUGGGCGGGCAUAGGUACCUGGGCCGGCAUAACGGGUCGGCGAUCGCACGAGACGACUUCUGAAGAUCAUACGCAUACGCCAUCAUCGCGAUCCUUCGAAGUUACAAACAGGCCCACCCGCCAGCGCCGCGCAAGCGGAAACAGCCUUGCCGCUUUCUCCGACCCGCGUCCUACGCAUACGCCGCGCAAUCUCAGCGACAUGAGUUGGCUUGACACCAGGCGUAGUGCGAGUGGCAUGGGCGAUCUUGGAUACAAUCUCAGCCCUAUGGACCGCAGAGGCCAGGAGCAGUGGACGCCAGGCACGACGCCAAUGGAGAUCACGAGCACCAACGGCCUCAUGAUGGGCCACCAAAGCCCCGCCGAGCAUCCCGUUCUCCCAACGCCGUUCGAAGGCUUCAUUCACGUGCUCUUCCAUGCACUCUUGCUUGCCCUCUCAGUCCUCUCCCUGGUCGCGCUAUGGAUGCGCGGUCCCAAGCCCGCAUUCGGCGUCUUCCUCGCGUGGGUGGUCGCCUACUAUACCAUCCUCAUCACGCUCGCAUGGAACGGCUACCCGCGCCAGUCCAUCCUCUCCGUCAUCUUCAGCCGCCUGCGUGCAGAGCCUGUCGCCUUCUCCCCUCCUGAUGCGGUGCCGUUCCCCUCGGAGAACCGCGGGCCGUACCAGCACCACCAGCCGCCGUACCGCGCGACGCUGAACGCGGAGGCGGACUACCCGAUGUCGCUCUCGCACUCGCACGGACAUGGCUCGCCAGACGUGGACGAGGAUGACGACGAGGACGAGGACACGCGGCAGCGGCGCAUCGAGGACGAGCUUAGCCGCCGCGACGUGUCGAUCGUGACCGUGCCGAAGCGCCGCUUGUACGUUCUCAAUCCGAAUCCGCCGGACACGCCAGCGCACUAG